AGCCUUGGUUGAAUGGCAAUACAAAAGCCCAGUGAAGCAGGGAAAGGGCUGAUGCAUGAUCAAUACUGAGUGUUGUUCAUCGGCCUCAGGGAGAGAAGCUCAGAAACCAGCUCAGCUCAGCUUCAGAGCGCACAAGGAGAAGAACGAGAGCUUCAGAGAGAGAAUUAAUUUGUUUGGCUGCUGCUGCUGCUGCGUUGAAGCGAGUCCACAGCCAGCACCGGAGGCUGGAGCCGCUGCCCCGCUCCUGCUGCUUCUGCUCCCCCCGCCGGGCAGCGCUGAGGCCGGCGCGGUCUCAGAGGGUUCCCGCAGCGGCGCCUCUUCCAGCGUGGGGAUGGAGGUGAUAUGAGGGGCUAGUGGUCGCAGCGUGUGUCCUCGCCUGGGCUCUGGCUCUGAGGGAGAGGAGGUCGUGAUGGUUUCUGAGCGGAGAGGAGGAGAAGAAGGAAGAAGAAGAGGAGGAGGAGGAAGAGAAGGAGGAGACCAGCCCGUGGACAGCUUCUCUGCGUACAGCGGCUCCGCGUACAGGUGAAGGAGAGGAGAGACAAACUCGGCCGGCGGGUGGAUAAAUGGAUGGAUGGCUAAGGAUGGCGCGCUGCACCAUGGAGGAGAAGGAGGAGCCGUUCCAAGGGCUUAGAAAUCCAGGCAGCUGGCUGUGAGCGUCCAGGAUCUAGGCAUCAAGGCUUCAACUUCUUCAUCCAUUUAUUUAUCCGUACAUCAAUAUACUCAACCAUACAGGCAUAGAAACAUCUAGGCAUCUGUCUAUGCAUCUGGGAAACACGAUGGAUCCUCUUCUGAUCUUCUAGAUGGCAUGGUCAUUUUUUAUUGGGGGUGUGUAAACAAGGGGGAAACGUCUUCUAAUGAUCUCCCCACACAUUCUGAGACCUAAAAUGAGGAGGGUCUGGUGCAGAAGGGCUUCCCUCGCCGCGAUGCUCAUGAGGCAUGGUUGCCCAGGCGCGGGUCCCCGCUGAUUAAGACCUAUUAGAGCGUGGGCUUAAUUGUUUUUCGUUUUGUUUUAAUUGUUUUAAACACACUCUGUCACUUUAUCUCAAGCGAAUACUUGUGCAUACCGAAUUGCUUUUUUCAACUCUCUUGGAGGAUUUGCUGUUUUUAACUACUGGAUUUUUUUCCAUUCUCAAACAAACAUGGUACAAAACUGUCACUGGAGUGGUGGUACCCCUCUUUUCACUGGAGCGGUCCCUUCAAGGCCAUGUCUUCAGGAUCUGUAGUUAAUGGAUAUAUAUAUAUAUACAUAUGUGCUCUACUUUUUUUGCAGCUGUUUUUUGUCCCCUUCCUUACUUUUAAGCAAAACAGUUGGAUCUAAUGAAGGAUCAUGCUGGACCUUUUAUGGCACCUUUCGCACUGUUUGAACUUUUUGAUUGAUUUCUUCUUAUUCCUUUCCUGACCCUGAAUGAUACAGAAGAACAGUGAUUAGAAAACUUUGUUUAGGAAAAAAACAGCCUCCAUAAGAAUAAAUGAAUAACUGUGCUGGAUGUUGAUGUGGACCUGAUGCAGCUUCAGAUAGAUCACUAAAUCUCUGUGUAGAUGAAGAAAGUGAUAGACAAUUCUAAGCUAUAACUAGCUAUCUGUAUAUCUAUCUAUCUAAAAUGCUGACCCUCAGUCUGUAUUAUGGAAGCUCUUACAUAUUUUCUUACCCUGAUGUGGACAGGCUUUCAGGAGAAGAUGUCUUUUCCUACUAGAUAGAUACUAGUAUAUUCUAUCCAAACAACCUCCAUAUUCUCCAUGUUCUGCACAUAUUCGUACUUACUCAUACAUACACCCACCAUAUGCUGCCUCACUCAUGCACACGUGCUACUUAUACUGUAUAAUAAUAAUACAUAUAUUUUAAAAAAAUUAUGCACUAUUCUGUAUGACCACACUACUUUUAGCAUAGUAAGUUCUCCGAUGUUCUUUAUCGCUGGAUCUCUUUAUGUUAAGGACAAUUAGAGACUUUUAAGGGAUCUCCUCUUGCCAAGCCACUCGUGCACUUUUUUUUAUUUUAGAACGGAUCUGUUUGUAGAAGAGUAACCACAGGCUCGUCUGGCUUGAUCGCCAUGUCCCGGUCGAACAGCGUGAGCCCCCCUGGGCUCGGGCUAAGGGGAGGGACCGAGCACAGGUCAGCUUGGGGCGAGAGGGAGCCGGUGGCUAACGGCUGUCCUGCCCGGCUAAACCGAUCCAGCGGCCGGUGGAGAGACGUAGAGGGUCGCGGAGGGACCACAGCUACCACCACCACCGCCACCACAACCACCACCACCACCACUACUAACAGGACCAGGCUGAGUCUGCGCUCCAAAUCUGCGUGGCAGGAGCGCGCAGACGAGGGCGGGGUGCGCGCCAAGUCCGUGGAGCUGGGCCUGGACGAGCGGAGGCCCAGGACCAAGGAGGAGGAGGAGGAGGAGGAGAACCGCGGGGAGGAGGAGUGGCAGCGGCCGCGGCAUCAGCGUCACCCGCAGCAGCAGCAACAGCAGCUGCAGCAGCAGCAGCUCGCGCCGGACGCUCGCGCCUUGUCUGCGGCCGCGUGCUGCAGCGGCGUCAUGCGCGUCUUCAGCUCCAAGAAGUUCCGCUCGGAGAAGCUCGAGCGCCUCUACCAGCGCUACUUCUUCCGCCUGAACCAGAGCAGCCUGACCAUGCUGAUGGCCGUGAUCGCGCUCGUGUGCGCCGUCAUGCUGUGCUUCCACUGCGCGGGGGGACCCUGCUACCCAGCGCUCGUGCUCACCUUUUCGCUGGCCAUCGCGCUGGUGCUCGCGCUCAUGCUCGCGUGCAACCGCAGCGCCUUCCACCAGGACCACAUGUGGCUCGUGUGCUACGCCGUGAUCGCCGUGCUGCUCGUGCUGCAGGUCGUGGGGGUGAUGCUCGUGCGCCCGCGCAGCGCCUCGGACGGCUUGUGGUGGACCGUCUUCUUCAUCCACGUCGUGUACACGCUGCUGCCCGUGCGCAUGCGCGCCGCCGUCGCCACCGGAGUGGCGCUGGCCGCCAUUCACGUGGUGGGAUCGUGGAAGCUCAACGAGCAGGACGCGCUGCUGUGGAGACAGAUCGUGUCCAAUGUGCUGAUCUUCUCCUGCACCAACAUAGUAGGAGUGUGCACACACUACCCAGCAGAAGGCUCUCAGAGACAGGCCUUCCAGGAGACCAGAGAAUGCAUUCAGGCCCGCCUUCACUCACAGAGAGAGAACCAACAGCAGGAACGCCUCCUACUCUCUGUGCUUCCCCGACACGUUGCCAUGGAGAUGAAAGCCGACAUAAAUGCCAAGCAGGAGGAUAUGAUGUUUCACAAGAUCUACAUCCAGAAGCAUGACAAUGUGAGCAUCCUGUUUGCUGACAUCGAGGGAUUCACCAGCCUGGCCUCCCAGUGCACAGCGCAGGAGCUGGUUAUGACCCUCAACGAGCUGUUUGCACGGUUCGACAAACUGGCGGCUGAGAACCACUGUCUGCGGAUUAAGAUUUUGGGGGACUGCUACUACUGUGUAUCUGGGCUGCCGGAGGCUCGGGCUGAUCAUGCCCACUGCUGUGUUGAGAUGGGGGUGGACAUGAUCGAGGCUAUCUCGUUGGUGAGGGAGGUCACCGGGGUCAACGUGAACAUGCGGGUCGGGAUCCACAGCGGGCGAGUCCACUGCGGGGUGCUGGGCUUAAGAAAGUGGCAGUUUGAUGUCUGGUCUAAUGAUGUCACACUGGCCAAUCAUAUGGAGGCAGGAGGGAAAGCAGGCCGGAUCCACAUCACUAAAGCCACUCUGAACUACCUGAACGGGGAUUAUGAUGUGGAGCCGGGAUCCGGAGGAGAGAGGAAUGUGUAUCUGAAGAAGCACAACAUUGAAACCUACCUCAUAGUGGGCUGCAGCCAGAAGAGGAAAGAAGAGAAGGCCAUGAUCGCCAAGAUGAAUCGGCAGCGCACCAACUCCGUCACCCACAACAGCUCUCACUGGACCGACCGGCCAUUUUAUAACCACCUGGGUAGCAACCAGGUCUCCAAGGAAAUGAAGAGGAUGGGAUUUGAAGACCCCAAGGACAAACAUUUCAUUUUCAGAAACACUCAGGAAAACCUGAACCCGGAGGACGAGGUGGAUGAGUUUUUGGGCCGCGCCAUCGACGCCCGCAGCAUCGACCGCCUGCGCUCUGAGCAUGUCAAGAAGUUCCUGCUGACCUUCCGCGAACCCGACCUCGAGAAGAAGUAUUCUAAGCAGGUGGACUCCAGGUUUGGAGCGUACGUAGCCUGCGCCUCUCUCGUCUUUUUGUUCAUCUGCUUCAUCCAAAUCGUCAUCGUACCACACUCCAGUCUGAUGAUUGGCUUCUAUGUGUCCUGCUUCAUAAUUCUGAUGGCUGUCAUGUUCGUCUCAGUCAUUUACUCCUGUUAUGUGCUCUUCCCAGUGCCCCUGCAGAACCUGUCCAAAAGGAUUGUUCAGUCCAGACUGAACAGCGCUCUGGUGGGGGUCUUCACCAUCGUCCUGGUCUUUCUCUCAGCCUUCAUCAACAUUUUCACAUGCAGCACUGACGAUCUGAAGAGAUGUUUGGGACGAGAGUUUAAUAUCACUCCCAGCAGUGUGAACGCCUGCCAUGUGCGCAGCUCUGCUUUUAAUUACUCACUCUGGUCCCAGGACAGCCUGUGUUACAGCACAGCUCCAGCCUGCAACUUCCCUGAGUACUUCUCCUCCUGUGUGCUGCUCAGUCUGCUGGCCUGCUCUGUGUUCCUGCAAAUGAGCAGCAUCGGUAAACUCUUCCUCAUGCUCUUCAUCGAGAUCCUGUAUGUCCUCAUCAUAGAGGUGCCGGAGGUCAGCCUGUUCGACAACGGGGACCUGCUAGUGAUCGCCAACGCCAUUGAGAACAUGAAUGGAACGAGCUGCGUGACAGACUCCAGGGUUCCUCUGAAGAUCAUGACUCCAGUGGUCAUCACUGUCUUUGUGCUAGCGCUCUACUUACAUGCACAGCAAGUGGAAUCCACAGCCAGACUGGACUUCUUAUGGAAGCUACAGGCCACAGAGGAAAAGGAGGAAAUGGAGGAGCUGCAGGCCUACAAUCGACGUCUCCUCCACAACAUCCUCCCUAAAGAUGUUGCUGCUCACUUCCUGGCGCGAGAGCGGAGGAACGAUGAGCUGUACUACCAGUCCUGCGAGUGUGUGGCCGUCAUGUUUGCCUCCAUCAGCAAUUUCUCUGAGUUCUAUGUGGAGCUGGAGGCCAACAACGAGGGAGUGGAGUGCCUGAGACUCCUCAAUGAAAUCAUUGCUGACUUUGAUGAGAUAAUCAGUGAAGAUCAGUUUCGUCAGCUGGAGAAAAUUAAGACUAUUGGCAGUACGUACAUGGCUGCUUCUGGCCUUAACGACUCCACCUACGAUAAAGCCGGCCGCUCACACAUUCGUGCACUGGCUGACUACGCCAUGCGACUCAUGGACCAGAUGAAGUACAUAAACGAGCACUCCUUCAACAACUUCAAAAUGAAGAUUGGUCUCAAUAUGGGUCCUGUAGUGGCUGGAGUUAUAGGGGCUCGUAAACCCCAGUAUGAUAUCUGGGGCAACACAGUAAAUGUGGCCAGUCGCAUGGACAGCACUGGAGUCCCUGAAAGAAUACAGGUCACAACGGACCUCUACCAGGUCCUCAAUUCCUACAACUAUUCAUUGGAAUGCCGAGGAGUUGUCAAAGUCAAGGGCAAAGGGGAAAUGAUGACGUAUUUCCUGAACGGUGGACCCAGCAGUAGUUAACACCCACUGUGUCUUGCACUCACAACGCUACUGACAGUGUGAGUAGGCUUGACAUGUGGAGGAUAAGGGAAGGACUGGGGCACCGUGCUCUCCGUGGCCUAUAGGAACCAUGGAUGGAUUGUUUAGAGGUGGCCGGUGCCCAGUCUCGGAGCAGGUUGCCCUUUCCACAUACUGAGGCCUCUGACGGCCUAAAUGAAGGAAGCCCUUACGAGGCUUGAGGUUGAGGUUUGGAGAAACUCACUUUGGAGCUUUGCUCAGACAAGGGCACGUGGAAAGACCAAAGAAACUGCAAGGAAUCAAGCAGUUCUCCCUUUCGUACUUUUCUCCUGUGCAGGAGAGAACGGGUACACUGCUCUGAGGCCGUUCCUCCAAAGGAGAAGGUCAAUACUAGAGCAGCUGUGCUGGCAAACCCAGGAGGCUCCAGAAGAGAAGGAGUGAAGUGUCUAUGAAGAGGUCUAUUGAAGUAACAGAUGUUUUAUGUGUAUCUAAUGCAUCUGUGUAUGUGAAGCAAUGUACAAUGUUCAUACAGUCCGUUGUCUUCAAACACUGUUGAGCUAAACAUGGGUUUACCUACUUGGCCAUAUGGGGCAGAGCAAAGCUAUACUUACACAAUCUCUCUCUCUCUCUCUCUCUCUCUCUCUCUCUCUCACACACACACACACACACACACACACACACACUUCUUAACAACGCUCCACGAACUCUCCAUGUAUCUCUGUAAGUGACUUUUAGAGUGCUGAUCAUCAAGUCCAAAAGUCCAAAAUGGGACUGCUAACUGGUUUAUAAGUGUGUGUAUGUGUGUGUUUACAAGAGUCCUCUGACUCCCCCACCACACACACGAAAGUGUUUUUUCCACUCACAACUGAAUAUUACCCCGCUCACAACACUGAAGACACUUUGACAGAUAGAGAGAGCAUCCAAGCCUGGCUUUAUUUUAUAUUUCUGACAUUUUGUAUUUUGUCUCAGAAGAAGAACAGAUACCAAACCUUAUCAAGACUAUUUUAGAUUCUAUAUUUUGUACAUUAAUAUAUUAGAGCGAUGUCUAUAAACACCAAUGUGUAUUGGGAUGUAUAUAUCUAAGCGAGAUGUGCAGCAGUCGUGCAUAUUUUUAAUUCUAAUUAAUGGGCAGGGGAUACAUUUUUUUAAAAGCUGUAAAAUCUAUAGCCCUUGCGCUCCUUUCACAUAGACAACUGCACAAAUCCCAAGACCACAGGUUCAGAACAGGAAGAUGAUCUCCUCCUGAGUCUUUCUAUCUAUCCUGAGGAGCGAAGUACGAGUAUGUGAACGUUCAUGUCUUUGAACGAAGAAAAUGAACACAGCCACAGCUUUUUAAAGCAGCAGAAACUGCAAUCAGCACAGAUCUCAUUGCUUUUAGCCUUGCGUUGAAGCUGCGCUCUACACAAGGAGUUUGUACGCUCUAGGGGUCCGUUUUAGAUAUGCCGCACCCCUUGGCCAUUUUUGCACUGCACCUCUGCCUUCCUUAGCCUAUCAUCCCGCCUCUCCCCCUCUCCCCUUCCAGAUCAAUCAGAUGGUACGACCCGAUGAAUGUUCAUUUUCUCCAAUUGAGGCCUUCAUAUGUAAAGAGUGCUGAGUGAUCACUAAACACGAAACACGAAGCGUCAGUGCCAACCAUGUUCAUCAGCAGAAUCCAUGAGGUCAGGUUCACCUAGCUUCAGUGGGACGGUUCUCCAGUGUAAAUAUAUCCCCAAGUACAGGCAGACCAGAAGAUCAAGCAUCAGAUUUGUCAUGCUCCUCGUCUUUAAUGCUCUAGGUGCAUCACAGAAGCUCGGAGAAGAUGAUGUAAAGUGAUACUAAUGCUGAUCUUCUGUUUGGGAGGUAUCUGUUACAGUAUGUCAGAUUCAGGCUCUUUCAUUUUUGAAGAACUGCGUCAUAAUACAUAGUGAUGUUGUAAUAGAUUUGAGUUUUUUCUUUAUUUAUUUGCGUUUUUCAGCUCUUUUUUUCCUUUGGUCAUCACAUAUUCACUAAGACUGUGGCUCGGUCUACAUGUUCAUACUGCCAGCUCAAGUCCUGUAAUCCUGUUGUUGUUUGUUUGUUUGUUUUUAAUAUCUUAAUCGUAUCCAAAUUGAUUGAAGUUUUAUAGUCUGGACACUCUAAAACAACAAUCCAAAUUGUUGCAAUCUGGAUUCAAAGCACAUUUUCUACAGAUGCUUCUCAGUCUGGAUGCUCUGUACUCUUAAUUCAGAUUUGAGUGCUUUGAAUCUUUUGUCAACAAUUACUGCCAACCAAUUACAAUCAAAUCCAGAGUGACAGAAGUCUGGGGGUCCAGAAUGAGUUUUAAGGGUUAGUUACUGUUGAUAACCUCAUUACUACACCAACAAAUGCCAAUUGCAAUGCAAAUAUGAUUUGAUGACUUAAAAAAUAACAAUGCGGCCUUAGCCAUCAUCUCAGAAGAUCUGAGCUGUAAAACAAAUCCAAGUUGCAAUCUGCAGUCUGAACAUGUUUAGCCUUUGUUUAGAUUUUGUUGUAUCUAGAUUGCAUCCAGAUUGAUUUUUGACAAUGUAACAAACAGCAACCUCAUUAAAUCCAGAGUGACGGAAGUUCUGGAGGCCAAGAAGAGCAACAAAGUUUAGUUACUGCAUAACAAAUCUUUAGAAUUCUGCAGUUUGAACGCAGCCAAAUUGGACCCAAGUGGGGCUUCUUUCAAAAGAGGUUUAUUCAUUGUUUUUUGUUGUUGGAAAACCUCAGUGCCAUAUGUUCAUAUGUUCUCCACACUUUUACUUUGUCCAACAGGAGAAGCUACAGGGAUGCCAACCACACUUAAUGUUCUGGUACUUUUGGUAAUCAUGGUUUUAUGUCUUACGUCAUCCAAUGCCUUUUAUUUCUUAUUCAUGCAAGUGCCAUAUUUUUUUUUCUUUUUUUCUUUUUUGUAUUUUGUUUUUAAAGUUCAAGUGAGGCUGAAUGUGAUGAAUUGUCACUUUAGCCCAGCUGUGGAAUCCUCCAGUAUAAUGAGAUGAAGGUCAAUUUACAGGUUUUGCAUCCUUUUGUCCAGGUUCUGAAACUGUAUGUCUUUGAGAAAGAUCUUUUUUCUUUAUAUCACAAACUGCUAAUUUCAGAGAGCUAAUACAGGUUAUCUUCUUUUUUUGCUUUUAUUAUCUGCCAUGUCAAAACAUUGAAACAUUAUACUUUUUUUACCAGUCAAAUAAAUCACUUCAAUGCUUA